AUGAGUAAGUUGAGUGAUGUUGCACUGAAAAUGUUCAAAGCGAGAGGAACAAGUCAUGCAUUGAAGACGAAAGGAUACGAUGACGUGAACAUAGAAUCGAAGCUAUUGUUCCGCUCAAAGCGAGCGCUGAGUGCUGUAAAUUUAUUUUGUCCCUCAUCGAACAUUCAAGCGGAUGUGAACGAACGUCAUGCAUUACGGCACUCGUGCGCUAAACGAGAUUCUGAUUAG